GCGCAUGCGCACACCCGGCCUGACCGGCUCGCGGAGAGAAGAAAGCUGCAGCGUAAAAAAUAAUCGAUUGUAGAGCUUAUUUUUUUCUUCUGACGUUUUAACAACCAACCGAAAAUAUGUCAGGAGACGAGAUGAUAUUUGACCCGAAUAUGACCAAGAAGAAAAAGAAAAAGAAGAAGCCCUUCAUGGUUGAAGAAGAUGGUGGUGAAGGAGAAGAAGGACAGCAGCAGCCGGAAACAAAAGAGAUGGAGGCCGAUAUAGGAGAAGAGAAGGAGUUUGAAGUUGAUGAAGAAGAGGGGAGGAAGAAAGAACCAUCAGAUGAUCUGGAUGACUUGAACUUCUUUAACCAGAAGAAGAAGAAAAAGAAGUCCAAAAAAGAAAAGAUCUUUGACGCUGAGCUUGAAGAAGGGAUGAAGGAGCUGAAGAUCGAAACCGAGCCAUCAGAAACGCUAGAGGACGAUGACUUGAUGCUGCCGGCUAAGAAACCGAAAAGAAAAGUUAAAGAUUUCCAAGAGGAUAUAGACGGUCUGAACAAAGAAGAUGGUGUUGAAGAUGAUGACAAUAAAAAUACAGAUGACAUCACAUUCAGCAUACAGAUGGGCCCCGCGUGGGCAGGAUCCGAAAGAGAUUACACGUAUGAUGAGCUUCUAAACAGAGUCUUUAACAUCAUGCGGGAAAAAAAUCCAGACAUGAUUGCAGGAGAAAAGAGGAAGUUUGUGAUGAAGCCUCCUCAGGUGGUCAGGGUCGGCACAAAAAAGACAUCCUUUGUAAACUUCACAGACAUCUGCAAGCUGUUGCAUCGACAGCCAAAACAUCUUUUGGCUUUUUUGCUGGCUGAGUUGGGUACAUGCGGGUCCAUAGAUGGAAAUAAUCAGCUUGUCAUCAAAGGCCGAUUCCAGCAGAAACAGAUAGAAAAUGUCUUACGACGAUAUAUUAAGGAGUAUGUGACAUGCCACACGUGUCGGUCUCCUGACACGAUCUUGCAGAAAGACACACGUUUGUAUUUCCUACAGUGCGAGACGUGUCAUUCUCGCUGUUCGGUCGCCAGCAUCAAGACUGGUUUCCAGGCCGUGACGGGCAAGAGAGCGCAGCUGCGGGCCAAAGCCAACUAACGCCUCUUGCUUCACCCUUCGCCACCUUUUACGCCCCGUCUGAACACUUGUGUUUCAGUCAAACUCCUCAAAUCGUGCAGGAUCUGUCGGAUCAUCAGGGAGUCCCACGUUUUCAUCACUGCAUUUUGGCUAUUCAAAUGGCAAAUAAGCUCCUUUGAGGUAUAGAAAUGUCUGCACUUGGAGAAUUUACUAAAAGAUUUGUUGGCUCUGGAUGCGGCGCCUCCGCAGUGCUGUGAAGCCUUUUAUGAAUGAACUGUUGGUGAAUUAUGCUGUAUUGUCUUUAGAAAAAAAAACGAAUGAAUAAAAUGCAUACCAGCUGGACAAACACGUACUGUGUACAUU